AUGGAGAUGGUGUGGAGAGAGCGGGGCAAGCAAAGAUGCCGAAGCAAGGAUCAGCUGGCCAAGCGACACGAGAAGAAGCGAGACGAAAAGGUGGUGGCCGAUGCGCUGACCGAGGCAGAGGCAGAGAGAAUCUUCGGCGGAACUCACGCCCGGUCGCAUCUCUUGCAGUCGCUGCUCGCCUUGGACGCCCGACAUCGAGCCACGCAGUUCAACCCAAGCACGAGAUACGUCAAGGUGCGCCAAAUGGCCGCCUCGUGGACCGAAGCCUCCUUCGAUCGGCCAGUGUUCCCUCAGUCCAUCGGGCGAUCUGUCAAAGUCGAGAUCUUGUCAGACUGCGAGCAUCACGACGACCCAAAGGGUCCUCUCUGA